GUGGAGAAGGGGAUUGGAGAGGCGCGAGGGGUGGGGUUUGUGGAGGAAGAUGGCGGCCUCCCGGGCCUUAUCUUUGAAAGUGGCGGCGCUGAGAGCGGUCACCCCCUGGUGGAACAGCAGGCUCCUCGCGGCCUCCGCCAGACUUCAGGCACAUCGGGACGUGUCAUCCUCCAGCCCCAAGGCUGGCGAAGGGCAGAUUCACCUCACCGAGAGCUGUGUCCAGAGGCUUCUGGAAAUCACCCAAGGGUCAGAAUUCCUCAGGCUGGAGGUGGAGGGAGGUGGAUGCUCCGGAUUCCAAUACAAAUUUUCACUGGAUACAGUUAUCAACCCCGACGACAGGGUAUUUGAACAGGGUGGGGCGAGAGUGGUGGUUGACUCUGAUAGCUUGGCCUUCGUGAAAGGGGCCCAGGUGGACUUCAGCCAAGAACUGAUCCGAAGCUCAUUUCAAGUGUUGAACAACCCUCAAGCGCAGAAAGGCUGCUCCUGUGGGUCAUCCUUCUCUGUCAAACUCUGAUUAGAUGACAGGUGACCCAGAGAUUCCCACCACCAGUACCAAUUUGAGGAACCUGGGUUUAGUAGAAUUUUAGUGGUUUCCUUCCAAUCAUGUUCUUCUCUUAAUUUUAUUUCCCACGAUCCAGGGGUGUUUCUCUUAUUUUCAGAAUGUGAAACUUUUACUCUUGACUUCAUUUCUCUUGCACAAUUUUAAGGCCGAGGCUCUAGUGGCUGUUACCUAAGAUUUAAUACCUAGUUGAAAACCAGUAUAAUCUGUAGAGCGUCCAAGGUUCCAAAAUUUGAGUUACUUUUCUGGCCUUCAGGGUGGCUUGUAUAGCUAUGGAUAAAAGCUUCAUUUUAAAGAAAGUCCUUAUUAGCUUGUGUUUCCGGUCAGAGUCUCAGAUUAGGUAUCUUGAACAUUUAUCACUAGGCCAGAGGGGAUGAGAAAGGCAAACAAAAUGUUCUCAUUUUCAUUUCACCCCUCCUGAAUGUGCUGGUUGACUUAUCCUUAUUGUCUCUGCAGCUCAUGCUCCACUAACCAUUUGUUAGGGCCGAUACAUUUUCUUCUUAUACUCAGGAAUCCACUAAAACCAAAAAAAAACCAAACA